AUGCCUACCUACCUUUGCCACGGCUUUCGUUGGGAUCGUCGUAGCAUUCGUGUAUUUGUAGUCGUCCAGAACAUAGACGACGCCGCGCCUGAAUGGAUUAUCGCGCCAAACUCGUCUCCCGCCAUCCUUGAAGCCUUCUACUCCCUUUUCGAUUUCCUCCCCGAGCCCGCUCCCGACGAGACCGAGGUCCAGCGUGACAAAAAGAAGCGCAACAAGUCCAAGGCGUCCAAGGCCGCUGCCCUGCGUAACGAGUACGAUGUGCCCCCCUCGACCGUCCCUCCCGAAGAGGACGAUGUGCUGCAGAACGACUGGAGCGCCGUGAAGCUGCUGGAGGAAUACGAUCCGACCGACCUGAGCUAUGUCAGCCGUCCCUACGCAUACGUCGCCGACCAUGUUGUGCGCAUCGACCUGAGCAAUUCGAUAACAGAAGAGAUCGUACGCUACGAAGAGCGGUUAAGCGAAACAAAGGCGAUGGCGAAUGCUCCGAGCGACGAGUUUUACAAGGCCAAGAAGGGCUCGUCGGGGAAGAAGGCCGGGUGGUUCGAGAAGCUGAGAGACCAGCUGCAGCGAGGGGAGGAUAUCCGGUGGUAUAUCGUGGUUUGCGGCGACGAAGUGCGUGAUUUUCCUGAAGACAGGCCUGCGGCGAGGGCCCAAGAGGACAUGGCACGGGAGGCGGACAACGCGACUUCAAGGCCUAGCGACCGAAACGCGGGCCCCUCAAGAACAGGGACGAUGCCGAGCGUACCGGCGAGUCAAUUUGCAACAGCCAUGGCACCCCAACAACCGCCACAGCCAAGCUCGCCCAAGGAAAUGGGCUUGCCCUACGGCACCCUUCCCAGGCAUCCCAACAUGAUGGGCAAUUGGACAGAAAAGGAGAUGCCGACAUUACAGCCCAAACCCUCGAUGGAUUUCAGGCCAAAGACACCUAAAAGCGGCGGGUUUAGGAGACUUUUUGGGAAGAAGAGCGAUGACCCAUGA